AUAUUCUAAAUAUUUAUGCCUUACAGCCAGAGAUUCGGGGAGAUAGCUUUUUGUGCAAUCACAUCAGAUGAGCAAGUUAAAGGAUAUGGCACAAGACUCAUGAACCACUUAAAACAGCAUGCUCGAGAUGUUGACGGGCUAACUCAUUUUCUAACAUAUGCUGAUAAUAAUGCAGUUGGCUAUUUUGUGAAGCAGGUGGCAUCCAUCGAGCCUUCUACAUUUCAUGGUUUUACAAAGGAGAUUACCUUGGAGAAAGAAAGAUGGCAUGGGUACAUAAAGGAUUAUGAUGGAGGCAUUUUGAUGGAAUGCAAAAUUGAUCUGAAGCUUCCAUACACUGAUCUAGCUACCAUGAUUAGGCGACAAAGACAGGCAAUAGACGAGAAGAUUCGGGAGCUUUCAAAUUGUCACAUUGUUUAUCAAGGAAUUGAUUUUCAGAAGAAAGAAGCAGGUAUUCCUAAAAAUCCAAUUAAAGUUGAGGACAUUCCUGGUCUCAAGGAUGCUGGUUGGACUCCAGACCAAUGGGGCCACUCAAAAUUUAGGACAACAAAUGCUUCAGAGCGCCAGCAGCUUAAUAAUUUCAUGCGAAAUCUUCUAAAGCUCAUGUUUGAACAUCCUGAUGCAUGGCCAUUCAAGGAACCAGUAGAUGCUCGUGAAGUGCCUGAUUAUUAUGAUAUUAUAAAAGAUCCUAUGGAUCUAAGGACCAUGUCUAAGAGGCUAGAGUCAGGACAGUACUACGUGACCUUCGAGAUGUUUGUGGCUGAUGUGAAGAGAAUGUGUGGAAACGCACGCACCUACAACUCCCCAGAAACAAUAUAUUUCAAGUGUGCAAAUAGGCUGGAAAACUUUUUCACAAGCAAGGCCCAAGCUUACAUUCUUCAAAUUUCAAGCAAGAGUUCAUAGGAAUUACGCAUGUAAUUGUGGCUUGCCCCAUUGCUGAUGUGCCUUCUGGGUUCUAGAGGAUGCUUAUUAUUCUACAUCAACUAUUUUCCGAGUUCAUUUAGGGCAGUGGUAGAUUUGCUAGACUAUUGAAAAUUCUGGUUUUUCAUUUUUUUAUUGUGCCAGUUUUGUUGUAAAUUAUAUAAGAAACUUGCUAUCUAUGGGACACUGAAAAAUGGUCAAGGAUGUUCAUUGCAAA